GCAACAAGUUGCCAUGUUUAUAAACACCGUUUUACAUUGGUGAGAAAAACAUGUCUUGAAUUAAUAAUAAUCCUAAAAUAAGGUAGAAGUUGACAUACCGCGGCGCAAACCAGAACGUAAUAAAUUAAUAAAUAUUGUUUGUGAUUCAGUGUGCAGAUCUGAUGUAAAAACAGAGAAUGCCCUGUGAUUUCUGUAGCUUAGAAUAUAUAAAGGUGCAGGCAGAAAAGGACGCAUGCUACAUAGGCUUCCUGAUUCUUAAGGCCCCUUCGAAGUUCCCCUCCCUCGAUUCUGUCACGUGACUUCCAGACUCCUCCCAAUCGAUGACGUUGCCCCUCUGCACCAGCAGUUUGAUGUUGAUACACGGAUGUGGAUUCACGACGAAAAUCUACCAGUUUUUCGCUCCGCCGAGACUGUAAACCGGAUUAAAUGGAGUUGCUGGCACCCAUGCGGCUCUACACCUUGUCUAAAAGACAUUUUGUCCUGGUCUUUGUGGUGUUCCUGAUGUGCUUUGGCCUCACAGUCUUCAUUGGGAUUGCAGGUCCAAGGAUUAUUGCUGAGCAAGAGCAUAAUGCUGAUCAGCUAAAAAGCAUAAAUAGUUCAAUAAAGACUGGACCAUUUAGUUUAGUUUCUCCACCUCUCACCACCUACAACCAGCAGCUGUGGCUCACCUGUGUGAUGCAGGCUGGAAACAGCAAUAUGAAAGACUUCAAGCAGAACUUUGAGAUCAAUGUUGAUCUUAAAGGAGUGAUGCAGGUCGCCAGUGUGAUGCAUAUCAAGAGUGUGCAGCAGAAAUCACGGAUGCUGCAUUGUGGUGCUCAGAAAUGCGACGAGAUCAUAUUGCUGCACCUGGGUUACCUGAACUACAUUCAGUAUCAGGUCGCAGUCAGCUUCCAAGGCCUUGAAAACAUCUCCUAUGAAAUCAAGAUUAAAUUUGUGUGGAAAACGUACAACCCCACCUUCUCUCAAGUGGAAAUUUGGUUCCGUUUUGUCUUUGUGGUUUUGACUUUCAUGGUAACGUGUUUGUUUGCACAUUCUCUGAGGAAGUUUUCCAUGAGGGACUGGGGUAUUGAGCAGAAGUGGAUGUCUAUUCUGCUUCCUUUGUUGCUGCUCUACAAUGAUCCGUUCUUCCCGUUGUCAUUCCUGGUGAACAGCUGGUUUCCAGGGACCUUGGAUGCUUUUUUCCAGGCUCUCUUCCUGUGCGCCCUGCUCCUCUUCUGGCUCUGCGUCUACCACGGCAUCAGGGUCCAGGGCGAGAGGAAAUUCCUCACCUUCUACCUGCCCAAGCUGAUCAUCGUGGGUCUGCUGUGGCUCUCUGCCGUCACACUUGGCAUAUGGCAGACCGUUAACGAGCUCCAGGAUCCCACCUUUAACUACAAACUGGAUAUUGUGAACUUCCAGGGCAUGAAGGUGUUCUUCCUGAUCGUUGUUGCCUUCUACAUCCUGUACCUGAUAUUCCUGAUUGUCCGAGCUUGUUCUGAACUGAAGAACAUGCCUUACUCAGAUCUUCGGCUUAAGUUUUUGACAGCGCUGACGUUUGUAGUUCUUGUUAUAAGCAUGGUCAUUCUGUACCUGAGGUUUGGUGCCAAGGCUCUUCAGGAUAAUUUUGUGGCUGAAUUAUCUACCCAUUAUCAGAACUCAGCUGAAUUUUUAUCCUUCUACGGCCUGCUCAACUUUUAUCUAUACACAUUAGCAUUUGUGUAUUCUCCCUCAAAAAAUGCCCUGUAUGACUCACAGCUGAAGGAUAACCCUGCCUUCUCCAUGCUGAACGACUCAGAUGAUGAAGUAAUUUACGGGAGUGAUUAUGAGGAGAUGCCUUUACAGAAUGGACGUGCCAACAAAGUAACGACUAAAUACCAGGACGACAGCGACAGCGACUGAUGCAUCCAUGGCAGAUCAUUUGCGUGCAUCUGCACUUACAAAGUAAAAAAAAAAACUGUACAUAAAUAUAUAUAUUUUUAAAAGAAGAUAAAUUACAUCUUGCUGAAUGUACUGUACUUUUGAAAGGUGAGGAAACCAACUCACACAAAAGCAACACGUAUGUAUAACAGUUUUUACUGGUGUUAUAAACACUCGUGUGACUCUUCAAAUCCUGAUUAAUUGAAACAAACAGGAAAUGUGACACAGAGUUGGAGUUCCGAGUUGAAACUUUUUAAAGCUUUAUGUUAAACCACUGUUGUCUGUCUACUUUAUAUCAUUCCUUUUUUGCCUUUUGGCACUCUGACAAUAAGAAACCACUGCAAGAUGCAACUCACUAACAUCAUAGUUUAGGCAGGAAGUAAAUUAUGCUGCAGGGAAUCUAAUCGUAAAACCUCUUUAGCCUCAGAUAAAGGGGAUGUUAUAAAAGAGCCUUAAUUUCAACAGGUACCACUACUAUUACCACUUUAGAAAAGCAGCUGUAAAUGUGCACUUUUCAAAUUUUAUUUAAUUUGCCAAAAAGUGAUUUGAUACUGUUUAGUAGGAUAAGUUGUGGAAGGUCAUCUUCCAGCCAGCUAGUUACUCAAUUCUUAUCCCAGCAUGUACAGAACAGUGGCCCAAGCAUUUUUGCCUUCUUUAAACCUUUUUUUUUUAAUUCAGAAAUUUAUUGGUAUUGCCAAUUUCUUCUUGCUCCUCUUUUCCGUUUUAAGAGUCAGGAGCUUAUGGACAAAAACAAAAUAAAAGUAUUUCUAUUCAAUAUGGAUGUGUUUUCAUCAAGUUGGUGCCUUGUCUUUACUCCUUUUCUCUUGUAAAUGGACUCCAAUCUCAGAUCUAUAAAUGUAAAUAUGGAAUUCCUUGUAAAUGUUGGUUAUGUUGGCUAAACAUGGUAGUUUUUUUCUUCUUCAAAUGUUAUUUGAUUUAGCUGAUGCAAGGCUGUAAAUAUGGCAGUGUCAUGUGAUGUGGAAAUAAAGCAGUGGAUACAGAUGUA